GGGCCGCGGGCGCGUUAGGUGGGGUCUGGGGGGCGGCCGGCGGGUGUGGAGGGUUCAGGGAGCUGCGGGCGAGUCAGGUGGGCACGGGGGCCGCCCACAGGUGCACCGCGUGUCCUCAGCCGCUUCCCCUGCCCACCUUCUGCAACCCCUUCCCGCCCCCACCCUCCUGGGCCGUCUUGCAGGCCCGAGCUUGUGUCCGCCUCGCUGGGCAAGGUGUUUCGGGGACUCCUCCUGCCCGCGUUUGUCCUCCGGGCCCAGCCCUUGCCUCUUCGCCGGUGGACACCUGCUGGGUGUGACCCCGCAUUCCUCCAGGCCACUCUGCCCUGUCUGCUGCUUACCUUAACUUGCUCUUUUUCCCUACUCCUGGUCUGUGGCUCUGGCUCUGUCUCCUCCCUUAAUUUCUUUCCAUGCUUAUUUUUCUUGCAGCAGACACUAAUUUUGCAUCCUUCCCCUCACAGGUUUUCAGGAACUGCAAUUUUAAACGUAGUGCUUAGGAGCAUGGAUCCUGGAGUGAGACUCCAUCAUUUUGAAUCCCAGCUCCACUGAACUCUUUGCCUCAGUGUCUUCAUCUAUAAAAUAGAUAAUGAAACUUGUAAAACAAGAAUAAUGUUUUCUACCUUGGAGGACAAUGAGAACUAUGCCAUUUUUGGGUCAGGACUGGAGAUCUCCUGGAUGGAGUUGGAUUAAGACAGAAGAUGGCUGGAAGAGAUGUGAAUCCUGUAGUCAAAAACUUGAAAGAGAGAAUAACCAUUGUAACAUCAGUCACAGCAUUAUCUUAAAUAGUGAAGAUGGAGAAAUAUUCAAUAAUGAAGAGCAUGAAUAUGCAUCCAAAAAAAGGAAAAAGGACCAUUUUAGAAAUGACACAAAUACUCAAAGUUUUUAUCGUGAAAAAUGGAUCUAUGUCCAUAAAGAAAGCACAAAAGAAAGGCAUGGCUAUUGCACCUUGGGAGAAGCCUUUAAUCGGUUAGACUUCUCAAGUGCAAUUCAAGAUAUCCGAAGGUUCAAUUAUGUGGUCAAACUGUUGCAGCUAAUUGCAAAAUCCCAGUUAACUUCAUUGAGUGGUGUGGCACAAAAGAAUUACUUCAACAUUUUGGAUAAAAUCGUUCAAAAGGUUCUUGAUGACCACCACAAUCCUCGCUUAAUCAAAGAUCUUCUGCAAGACCUAAGCUCUACCCUCUGCAUUCUUAUUAGAGGAGUAGGGAAGUCUGUAUUAGUGGGAAACAUCAAUAUUUGGAUUUGCCGAUUAGAAACUAUUCUCGCCUGGCAGCAACAGCUACAGGAUCUUCAGAUGACUAAGCAAGUGAACAAUGGCCUCACCCUCAGUGACCUUCCUCUGCACAUGCUGAACAACAUCCUAUACCGGUUCUCAGACGGAUGGGACAUCAUCACCUUAGGCCAGGUGACCCCCACGUUGUAUAUGCUCAGUGAAGACAGACAGCUGUGGAAGAAGCUAUGUCAGUACCAUUUUGCUGAAAAGCAGUUUUGUAGACAUUUGAUCCUUUCAGAAAAAGGUCAUAUUGAAUGGAAGUUGAUGUACUUUGCACUUCAGAAACAUUACCCAGCGAAGGAGCAGUACGGAGACACGCUGCAUUUCUGUCGGCACUGCAGCAUUCUCUUUUGGAAGGACUACCAUCUUGCUUUACUAUUCAAGGACUCAGGACACCCCUGCACGGCGGCCGACCCUGACAGCUGCUUCACGCCUGUGUCUCCACAGCACUUCAUCGACCUCUUCAAGUUUUAAGGGCUGCCCCUGCCAUCCCUGUUGGAGAUUGUGAAUCAUGCUGUCUGUGCAGGGCUCAUAGUGAGUGUUCUGUGAGGUGGGUGGAGGCUCCUGGGAGGCCCCUGCUUCCAGAAAGCCUGGGACGAACUGCCCUUCUGCACAGAGGGGACUGCAUGGUUGCAUUUUCAUCACUGAAAGUCAGAGGCCAAGGAAAUCAUUUCUACUUCUUUAAAAACUCCUUCUAAGCAUAUUAAAAUGUGAAAUUUUGCGUACUAUAUAUAUAUAUAGUUCAAAAAUAUUUCAGGUGGUCAGCUCCACAUUCUUUGUUGACCUGACACUAAUGGCCAAUAAUAUGCUUCUUAAUUAUCAAAUUAUAGUUUCUCAAUUUUAUACUAAUUGGGGGUGGGUUACAAAACAGUUGAUCCUUGUAAAUACAUUGUACAGAAUAUUUAUUUUUUCUCAAAAUGCAUUUUAACUACUACAUUGGCUGUGCCCAAAUGAGUCCUCUUUGAAUAGAAAGUGAACCCAGGGCAAUGACAGCCAUUCUUAGGGAUUGUGGAUCGGGGUAUGAAUUGUGCACACACAGCCCAACAACGAGCAGUGGUCUCUGUGCUCCUAGGCAUCCAGCACAGGUUCUGGCAGGGUACCCCUGCUGGGGGUGGGGGCUGGUCUGUGCAUAAUCCUGGACUGUGAUGGGAACAGCCCAGUGCAGUCUAAACUUUAAUUGUGUUGAAACUACUUUAAUACAAAGUAAUAAAUCAUGUUUAUCUCUUGAUUUAAACUUCA